AAACGAUUCACGACUGAACGUUUGUUACUCACAGGACACCCUCCUGACAUCACACCCAAACAGGAAGUGCCUCCUAAUUAUCACACAAUCUAUGGAGUAAAUAUCGACAAAUUCAUUUAUUAUAACUCGUUAACAUGUCUCAAGAUCCCUGGUUACAGAAUUAUGAUGCCACUUGCCGCCUUGUUCAAGAAAUUGCAGAGAAUAUUCAUGAAAGAAACAGACAACAGAAGACAGGAGGGAAUCCUGCAAAGAUCAACAUGACGCUGCGAGCGUCGCUGCAGAAGCUGAAACAAAACAUCAACCAGCUCAGAGAGAGUUUGCUCCGAGCCUCAUCCUCUCGGUGCAUAAUGCAGUCAGAAGCCGAUCGGAGACAGAAUCUUGUUGACGACCUGGUCACCAGGGACAAGCAGCUAAAUGCCACGUUCAAGGGUGAUGUUACACAUCCAGAGCUCUCGAGGUCGACCCUGAUGCCAGGAGCGGGAGGAGAAGGAGGGGCCUCGGCCAACCCCUGGCUGGUCAACGAGCCAGAGGAGACCAGGGGCCUGGGCUUCUCGGCGAUCAAACAGCAGCAGCAGCGCAUUGUCGAGGUUCAGGAUGCUGGGUUGGACGCGUUAGCUGCCGUCAUCAGCCGACAGAAGCUGAUGGGUCAGGAUAUAGGCAACGAGCUGGACGGGCAGAAUGAAAUCAUCGAUGACCUCACCCACCUGGUGGACAAGACGGAUGACCGGAUCCGCAACGAGACACGAAGGGUUAAGCUGGUGGAGACUAAGUCGGCUUCCUGCGGGAUGCUGGUGGUGAUAGUUCUCCUGCUCAUUGCUAUAGUGGUGGUUGCUGUGUGGCCCUCCUAACGAAGAGGCUGAGGGGAGCGUUUUGGACGUCGCACCGUCCGUCGGAUGACCACUGAGACUGCGUGGAGAGCCUACAGGGGAGACGAGGCGCAGAGGCACUUAUGCAGGUAUGUAUCAAGCGUGCUGAUUUAGGACCAGGUUUGCCUUUUAUAUCCCAAUGAAUAAAAUAACAUAGACAAGGCAGACCUGAUUCUAGAUCAGCUGAGACGCUUGAUACAUACGGCCCCAGUGCUUCCAAGCCCUCUAACAUACCACCCCUGUGCCCUGUUAAACACACACAUACACUAAUAAUGGCACACACACGCUCUUCCACCUCCCUCCCUCUAUAUUUCCUCUCUCCUUUCCCCUUGUAUGAAAACCGGGUGCAUUGUACUGUUCUCUACUGUACCUCGACACUUGGAGAGUUGAGCCCUGGCUUAUGGGGAACCAGCAACAAUGUUUUCUUUUCUUACCUGGGUGUUGGUUGGGUAACGGGUAGCACUGACCCUACUGUAGGUCCUCCCAUGGGGGGUGGCUUUUUCUUUCCUAAUACUGUCUGUGGGCUGAGAGGUCCGGGGUUCCGGGUCGCUAAUUCUGCUAGCUUAGCAAUUCACUCACACAUAUCAUCUCUCACAUAUCUAUACCUGAAGUAUUAUUAUUAUAUUUACCCACUAGCAGUUCUAAUGCUAUCAUUUGUCUUGGGAUUUGAUCAUGUUUAUAGGAUAAUGCCAGCCAAAACAAAUAACACGUAUGACUGUGUCACUUUUUACCAUGAACGUGAAUCAGUUUAGCUUAAUGCAACCUUGUCAUUUCUAAUAAACAACAUUUACAGUUAACAGCACAAUCCAUGGACUCCUUGGUGUAAAGACAUUAGUGUUAUAUAAUAUUGGUAAUCUACUAAGGAUAAUGUACUGUAUCUAUAGCAUACUCUGCGUUCUUCCACUAUGUCAAUUUAAAAGCCUUGCAGAUGCUCCAAAAGGUUGGGAGAUGCUUGCUUGCAUCCGUGUCUAGAUAUCCCACUACUGGUCUGUGUGAACAGUCUAGCUAUCCCACUACUGGUCUGUGUGAACAGUCUAGCUAUCCCACUACUGGUCUGUGUGAACAGUCUAGCUAUCCCACUACUGGUCUGUGUGAACAGUCUAGCUAUCCCACUACUGGUCUGUGUGAACAGUCUAGCUAUCCCACUACUGGUCUGUGUGAACAGUCUAGCUAUCCCACUACUGGUCUGUGUGAACAGUCUAGCUAUCCCACUACUGGUCUGUGUGAACAGUCUAGCUAUCCCACUACUGGUCUGUGUGAACAGUCUAGCUAUCCCACUACUGACCUGAGCUUGGUGGUCUAAAGCUAUUCGAUCUACACCCAGCAUGCUUAGCCCUCUACUGUACUUCCCUAAGUCACACAUGGAGCUGUUGAUAGAAGUGUGUAUGUUUACGCCCAGGACUCCGGCUUCAGAGACCCAAGGCAGACAUUGAAUGAUUUAAGACGAUAGAGAAAGAGAGACAGAAUAGAAAAAGAACGAGUCACACUAGUGGCGACUUAACAGGAGUUUAUUUCAACUGAAUUCUGGAUUUAGUUCUACCAGCUUGGUGUUCAGUAGUUAUUGUUUCCUUCUUAAAAUCACAAACAUCUAAACAACCACAAACAAGUAA